AUGGAUUCACCGACCAAGGUUAUGGCCGACGCUGGACCCGUUGGUUUGGGCGCGAUCCUGAUCAAGGAGCAGCACGGGAUCCACAGAGUUGUCAGUUAUGCCAGCCGAAGUCUGACUCCGGUUGAGCGACGAUAUUCACAGACCGAAAAGGAGGCGCUCGGUCUAGUGUGGGCGUGCGAGAAAUUUCACCCAUUGAUAAGAAAGGAGGACAUUCGUAAGGAAGAUAACAUCGAAAACGAGACCGAGGAUUACGUGCGAUUUGUCGCGAUAAGCGCCACUCCAAGGGCGGUCAAUACUCACGAAAUAGAAAGAGCGUCAGCUGAGGACGAUGAUUUGUUUGAGGUCAGAAAGUGUUUGGACACUGGGCGCUGGGAUGGUUGUGACAACCGCUACUAUGAGGUGGAGAUCAUGAAAUCCACCACCGCUGAUAAGACUAUAAAUGUAUUCAGGAAAGUGUUUGCGCGACACGGACUUCCUAUAAAACUCUAUAGUGACAACGGUCCACAGUUCAUAGCAUAUGAAUUUAAGGCAUACAUGGACGAAUGUGGUAUCGAUCACCACAAGGCCAUUCCAAAGUGGCCACAGGCGAACGGUGAAGUUGAGCGGCAGAACCAAUCCCUUGAAAAACGAAUGAAAAUCGCACAAGCUCAAGGAGGAGAUUGGAAGAUAGAAAUAUUGAAGUACAUCGCAGCUUAUCGAGCUAAGCCACACCCAUCCACUGGCCAAAGCCCUGCUGAGCUCCUGUUUGGCAGAAAGUUAAGGACGAAGAUUCCGGAGUUGGGACAUGGCGUAGGCGAUGACCUUGAGAUACGAGAUCGAGAUGCUGAGCUGAAAGGGAAGGCAAAGCUGUACGCAGAUAAACGUUGGAACGCAUCGGAAUCCGACAUUAAGGUGGGAGAGAUGGUAUUCGUCAAGCAAGAUCGGAUGAACAAAAUGGACACGCCAUUUCGACCGGGGCCGUACACUGUAGUUCGAAAGACGGGAAGCAAAGUUACCGUGGAGUCACCAGCUGGCGUACGUUACGAUCGCAAUCUAUCGUUCAUGAAGCGCUACAAUACGCCUAACAUUACGAUUGAUGACGAGAUCACGGAGGAACCGGAACCUACACAGGUUAACGAGCAACCAACUGUGCAGAAUCGGGCCGACGACACUUCUCGAGACGAAACCACCGGACAUUCCGAAAACACCAGUUGUGGUACAGCAAAGGCCAACAAGGGCUAG